AUGGCAGUUGACGACGUAAGGACUGUGGGAGAACAAAAGGAGGGAGCCAGCAAGCCAGAAGGCUCCGAUGAAACCAAGGACAAGAGCUUCACAGACUCAGUGUUGGAGACUUUCUCGACCUUCGGGAACUCAGUGAGAGGAUUUUGCGUGGAAACGGGAAACAGCCUAAAGGGCUGCGCAUACCCGGUGAAGGAAAGGGUGGUGAAGGUCUACGACGAUGUAGUAAGCACCUUUAAGACAAAAGGUACCAGAAAUGACCAUAAGUAUAAGAACGUGUCGAGAUUCGGAAAUGAAUCCCAAUAUACACCUAAAUCGACUAAUUCUUAA